GAUUUCCCCCCCUUCUCGCAGGUGCCCUGGGAUCGGUGGAGGUGUCCAUGCCCGAACACGUGGAUGCUGAGGUGGGUCACCCCGUCAGGAUCCCCUGCAGCCACACCAUCUCUGGGACCAGCUCGGAGAUCAUGGUGGAGUGGUUCAUCGUGAAUAAACACAGAGAGCGGCAGAGAAUUGCCUACAAAGAUGAGACAAACAGCGUUACUGAUCCUGGUACACCCUACACCAAGCGAGUGUCCAUGGAUGGUGACUACGGCCUUCUGAUCAGCAAGGUAGAGGUGAUGGACGAGAGACCCUUCCUCUGCCAGGUCAUUGCCGGAGCGUCUGGGAGCCAGGAAGGGAAGACCCAGCUCAAGGUCUACGAUGCUCCGCAACAGCCCGAAGUUGAAUCCAACCCAGCCACACUGUCGGUGAACGAGCAGCAUCCAUCCGAG